GUGACCGGCGGAUAUGUAACAAAUCAUAUAUACAGAACAGGAAGAGAAACGAAAAGAGAGAGAAAACAGAUUGAAUUUGGGGCAAAAUCUGGAGGUUCCAUAAGUUUGUUCAACAAUUUUCACGUGAUCACAAACCCUCCCAGCCUUCCAGCCUCAAUGCUCUUACAGGCAUCGACUUGAAGGCUGGUCGGAUAAUUGUUGAAGUGCCCGGGUUUUUUGGAAUUUGGUAGCUUUUCUUUCCCUUCUAUGUUAUUAAAAUGGUUGCAUUUAAGAAGGGAAGAAAGCUCGAAGAACAGUUUUGAAGAAAGUGGGGAGAUAUUUAUUGAAUUAUUAUCAUUAUUGUUGUUGUUGUUGUUAUAACUUAGUGUCAUUCUGUAUAAAUUGUUGUACAAAAUGAAUGCUGUUUCUGGGCUAGUGUCAAGGCAAGUUUUGCCAGUUUGUGGUAGCCUUUGUUUCUUCUGCCCAGCGUUGGCCACAAGGUCUAGACAGCCCGUGAAGCGGUACAAGAAGCUGAUCUCAGAUAUUUUCCCGAAAAAUCCGGGUGAAGAACCAAAUGAUAGGAAGAUUGCAAAGCUUUGCGAAUAUGCUGGGAGAAAUCCUUUACGUGUUCCGAAGAUCACAAGUACUCUUGAGCAUCGCUUUUAUAAGGAAUUAAGAAACGAGAAUUUUCAGGCUGCAAAAAUCGUUAUGUUAAUUUACAGAAAGUUGUUGAUUUCGUGCAAAGACCAAAUGCCGUUAUUUGCAAAUAGUUUGCUAAGUAUCAUGCAAACGCUGCUGGAUGAAACAAGACAUGAUGAAAUGUUAAUUAUAGGAUGCCAAACACUCUUUGAUUUUAUAAAUUGUCAGAAAGAUGGAACUCAUAUGUUUAAUUUGGAAGGAUUUAUUCCAAAACUUUGUCAAUUAGCUCAAGAAGUUGGUGAAGAUGAGCGAGUUGCGCCACUUCGUUCAGCUGGCUUGCAAGCUCUUUCUUCAAUGGUGUGGUUCAUGGGUAGAUAUUCCCAUAUAUCAGCAGAGUUUGACAAUAUUGUUUCGGUAGUUUUGGAAAAUUAUGGAUCUCUGAUCAACGAGUCUGAAAACCCUAAUGAAAAUCGAUGGGUUCAAGAAGUACUGAAAAACGAGCAUCAUGUGCCAUCAGAGGCUUUGUUGAAGGUUCCUUCUUGGAGUACAAUUGUAAAUGAGAAAGGCGAAUUAAAUGUGUCGGCGGUUGAUGCUAAAAACCCAAACUUUUGGUCGCGUGUGUGCCUUCAUAAUAUGGCUAAUCUGGGCAAGGAAGCUACAACCAUGCGGCGUGUUCUCGAAUCGUUAUUCCGUUAUUUUGAUUCCGAAAAUUUAUGGCCGUUUCCUCAAGGAGUUGCCUACCCUGUUCUUAAAGACAUGCAGAUUAUAAUGGAUGAAUCCGGACACAAUACACAUUUUCUUCUUUCAAUAUUAGUAAAGCAUCUCGAUCACAAAAACGUCCUUAAAAAACCUGACAUGCAAGUCGACAUUAUAGAAGUUACCACCUCACUCGCACAUGAAACGAAAAAAGAAGCUUCGGUUGCAAUAGUUGGAGCAAUUGCUGACGUCAUCCGACAUCUUAGAAAAAGCGUACACCUGGCACUAGAUGAUGCUGACCUCGGUGCUGAUGUCAUCAAAUGGAACAAUAAGUUUCAUGAAGUUGUUGAUGAAUGCCUUGUGGAGUUAUCCUCUAAGGUUGGUGACGCGAGUCCUAUAUUUGAUAUUAUGGCUGGAAUGAUGGAGAAUCUUUCAAGUAUUACCGUUAUAGCAAGAACUACAGUUGCUGCUGUUUACCGUACUGCUCAAAUUGUAGCUUCAUUGCCUAAUAUGGCCUACAACAAUAAGGCAUUUCCAGAAGCAUUAUUUCAUCAAUUACUUCCUGCAAUGGUGCAUCAAGAUCAUGAAACACGAGUUGGAUCACAUAGAAUAUUUUCUGUUGUUCUUGUGCCAUCUUCUGUUUGCCCUCAAUCUUCAAGCCUUGUGCCAGCUGGCGCUGAUCCCAAUAAAGUGAUGGUCCCACGGUCACUAUCAAGAACUGUUUCCGUGUUUUCUUCUUCAGCUGCCCUUUUUGGGAAAAUGAAAAAAGGCGGGCCUUUAAUGACCAAUAAUGUUAGUAAGCAAAAAUCAAAUAAUAACAAUGGAGCAAUGAACAGAAUGAAGUCGAGUUAUAGCCGAACUUAUUCAAUAAAAAUCGAUGCAAAUACUGCAAGUAACCUUACCAAAGAUGGGGAGGCAGUUACCCUUCGGCUCAGUUCUCACCAGAUAUCACUCCUGUUGUCUUCAAUUUGGGCACAAUCCAUUUCACCUGAAAACACACCUGAAAAUUAUGAAGCGAUUGCUCACACUUACAGCCUCGUGUUGUUAUUCUCUCGAGCAAAGAAUUCGGGUCGUGAGGCGUUAGUUCGAAGUUUCCAGCUGGCAUUUUCAUUGCUUGAUAUUGCUCUUGCUGAAGGAGGAGCGUUGCCACCAUCACGUAGGAGGUCUCUUUACACGUUGGCAACCACUAUGAUAAUCGUUUCGGGAAAAGCGUUUAGUAUUGUUCCUCUUGUUCCAGUUGCAAAGGCAACACUUGCUAAUAAUAUGGUGGAUCCAUACUUGACCUUGAUUGAAGAUUGUAAGCUGACUGUGGGGCCCGGAUCGGGUAACAUUAGUUUCGGGUCAAAGGAAGAUGAUAAGUCAGCUCUAAAAUCACUAUCGGGAGUAAAGUUUUCAGAGGAACAAUCAAUGGAAUCAUUGGCUUCUACAAUCGUGAAGCAUUUGGAAUCAGUUUCUGAGUCUGAAAUAUCGAGCAUUAAGGAACAAUUACUAAACAGAUUUGUGCCUGAUGAUGAUGUGUGUCCUAUUGGCUCCCCAUGUGCAAAUCCACCACAAAAGAAUUCCGAACAUCGUAAAUCUAUGGAGGAGGAGGUAAAUAAGAACUUCCAAAAAUCAUCAUUAGAGGAUGCUCCACUUUUUUUUAUGGAUGAUGAUUUUCAUGGAGAUCCGUUUGGAAGUACAAACCGGCUUUCACUAGCAACAACUGAGACUAAUGAUCUCUUGAGUGUUAAUCAACUUUUGGAUUCCGUUUUGGAGUCUGCACAACAAGUCGGAAGAAUGUCUAUAAGUGUUGCUGCACCUGAGAUGUCUUAUAAAGAAAUGACCAAUCAAUGUGAAGCUAAUGGAAGGAGGAUGAAAAUGACGAAUUUAAUGAGUAUACAAAGGCCCGCAAGCCGCAAUGAUGGCGAAAUAAACAUGCACAAAAAUGACACAGGCUUCCAAUCGCAAGCUGGGCAUCCUUUUUUGGAACAAAACGCACCUCCUGCGACGAAUGGACCAGUACGAACAUCAUGCGCAACAGAAUGUCAACACAUACCCCAAUCAUUCAGGCUACCUGCAUCGAGUCCAUAUGAUAAUUUCUUAAAAGCUGCUAGAAGUUAGUUAAACCAACCAAUCUUUUGGAACCAUAAUAUCACUCACGCGCCCUUAAAAUUUGCACAAAAGAUAUGGUUUUGAAGAUCAGUCGGUCCCGAGACAUUGUGCUUGCAUGCUGCAUAAUUAGAGAUGGUGAAUACUUAUGUUUGUGAUCGAAUCGCGACUGCUUAUUACAGUUCCUUCUCCGACAAAAUUCAUUCGUUUAAAAUUUGUUUGUGUUUAUUAUGUAUAGAACUGAGAGGCAUGGGGAUGGCCUAAAGGGCUGAUCUUAUGAGAGUUUAUUUUGUAAUUAGAAAAGUGAACUGUAAUUUGUUGAGGGGUUAAGUAUUCUUUUUCACCCUUGAGUUGAUGAAGGUGAAUGAAUGUAAACAUUGUAUUUGUAAAUUGUUAGCCUGAAAAUUUCAUUGUUAGCUGUGAAAAUUGUAGUUUUAUACAACAAAAGGUUAUUCUUGUUA